CGUGCGAACCCGCGUAACAUUUAGGUUGCAUGCGGUUUAAUACACACCAUUAACAGUAUGCCUGGGUUACAUCCGGGAACCUUUAACAUGAGAUUUUUAAACACUAACAGUAAGACAGGGGUGCAUGGCGCGCGUUCUGGUUGGAAAUCGGCCCAUUUUUCAGGAGGGAAGAUGAUGCAGUGAGGAGAGAAAGGCGAGCGGAAAGGCGCGGAGGCGUGUACGCUGCGAACCAAUCGGAGCGCAGAUCCCGGCGCGAGAGCGCACAUGUUUACAGCGCGCGCUCCGCCGGUGGAGGCUGCGGGUUUGGGGAGGGAAGACCGGCACGGAACGGAGCUGCGCGCGAUUCAUUCCGGAUAUUUUAGAUCUCCGUGAUCUGAGCGAGACAUGCACGCCAGGCGCCUGGUGAAGCGCUCGCUGAUCGGUAGCCGCGUGUACGCGCCUGGCUCGGGAGCGGCGGCGGGGGAGGCGGGAGAGCGCGAGCACAGAGACACACCGGUACCAAGCGGACCCACAGAGGAAGAAGCUGUCAAGGGAGCGAGGAAGCCGAGCUUGAAGAGUUUGUGUAACGGCGGGCAGCGUGACGUGCCAGCAUCGGGUCAGAACGGUGGCACACUGAAAAGCGAGAACACGAACGGGGUGGAGGAGCUGCGAGCACCGGAGCACAGACGAGGAGGACGGACUCUAGACAUGGAGAAGGACAACACACGGUCCGUGUCACUGCUCGAGCAGAAACGCAAGGUUGUUUCUUCCAGUAUCGACGUGCCACACGCCAGGAAAUCAGAAGAGGAGGUAGACAUGGACAAAGUGACUGCAGCCAUGGUGCUGACGAGUCUGUCCACAAGUCCUCUAGUGCGCAGUCCUCCAGUUAAAGUUAGCGAGGGUCUGAACGGAUCGUGGAAGGACGGAGUGAAGGACGGCUUCACUCCGUCCAGUUACAGCAGCAGCAGUGGCUUCUGGAGCUGGAGCGCUCCCAGUGACCAGUCCAACCCAUCCACCCCGUCUCCACCACUCUCAGCCGACAGCUUCAGACCGUUCCGUAUGUCCAGCUUCAGCGGGCCACAGGACGAUACUUUGGACGAGCAGGACACUAGCAGUCUUCUGUUUGAUGAGCCCAUUCCCCGCAAACGCAAGAACUCUAUGAAGGUGAUGUUCAAGUGUCUGUGGAAGAAUUGUGGCAAGGUGCUGAGCACUGCAGCGGGGAUCCAGAGACACAUCCGUACAGUACACCUCGGGCGGAACUGCGACUCUGAGUGCAGCGAUGGAGAGGAGGAUUUCUAUUACACCGAGAUUAAGCUGAAUACCGAUUCAGUGGCCGACGGCCUGAGCAGUCUGUCCCCAGCGUCUCCGUCUGUUCUGUCUCCUCCACCUGCCGCCGAACACAGACGAAGCGAAACCUCCAGCAGCACCAGCGGCGCCAAGAGCGAGAGCAGCAGCUUCACCCCUCUCAGUCGCUCCGCCCCCAGCGCACUCUACCUGGUGCACACUGACCAUGCUUACCAGGCCACGGCUCCCGUCUCCAUCCCCUCCGCCAGCUCGGCUCGCUUCACUCCCUCCAGCAGCAACAGCUUUAGCAUCUCUUGGCAGUCCCCACCCGUCACCUUCACCGGAACCCCAGCCUCUCCCACUCACAGUCAGACGCAGGGGUUUAGCGAGCAGCGCUCUCAGACCAUCCCAGUCCUCUCGUCUCUACCCCGAGCCUCAGGAUCACUCAGCAGGAAGUCCCGAGGCGAAGGGAAGAAGUGCAGAAAGGUGUACGGGAUGGAGAACCGAGACAUGUGGUGCACGGCGUGCCGCUGGAAGAAAGCCUGCCAGAGGUUUGUGGACUGAGCUGCCCAGGGAAAAGGGGCAGGAUUCCUUCUCUUGCAAAACUGUUUCUGCUGCACCUCCUUAACACCACAGUUUCCAGAAUGCUCCACUCGGACCUAGGAUCUGAAACGAAAUCUCCUCAAACAUUCCCAGUGCACUUGCCAAAAACUGAGAGAACAGCAAGUAGCACAAUAUUGCAAAAAAAAACAAAAACAAAGAUAAGACAAGAAAGAAGGAAAGAAAAUAAAGCAAAGAUUGAUUUUUUUUUUUUUUUACUUUUUUUUUUUUUUUUUUAACAUUUGGCUGGCUUAAAACAUUUGUGUAAGUCAUCAAGGGACCAGACAUGGUGGGUCCAAUCACUGCCGAAGUUUUGUUUUCUACAAAAGAAAAAUGUAAAAAGAAGAACACGUGGAGUGCUACAAAAUGGAGUACAGACUAAGAUCCUUGUUUUCCAUGGACUCUUUUCCACUUCUGCUUUUGAGCAGGGAUAAACGUUAGCGCCAACUGCCAACCACACUCAAGACUGUCCACCCUCGCUCUGAGAGACUGCGUGGUUGUGUGUGUGUGUGUGUGCGCGUGUGUGUUUAGGGAGGAGCGUGCCCCCUGGUGGAAAUGGAUCAAAAUAUGAUGGAAAAGAAUAAGCCACUGCUUUUCUUCCGUACAGUCAAGCAAUUUACACUCACUAGGGACGGACAGGUUUUCUAUCUGUUUUAUAUGUGUGUCAUUUCUUUCAGGGAUGAUGCGUUCAGCGAAAGCAAAACCAGCAGCUAUGUUUAAAAGCAGCAGAUGGUUUUUUUUUUUUUCUUUCCGUUUUUAGGAGACGUUUCUCUAUCUACCUGCAACCAAAAACAAGGAUUCUCUGUGCCAUUUCUGUUUUUUUUUUGUUUUUUUUGUAUUCGGUUGUGCAUGUUAAUAAACACCCUUCUCAUUAGAGAACGGCGGUGUUUAACCCAGCCACGCCCACUCAGAUGAGCCUGCGUCCAACGACUUUGUCCCUCGUCCAUUAACGGACAGGUCGGCAUGCAGCUUAUCUGCUGAACGUUGUCCAAGCACUUAAAAAAGAGGCAUCGAGUAAGAUGUAUCCCUGUGCAUCGGUUUAUUCUGACCUCACACAUUUCACGUAGGAAGUAAUAACAGAUGGAGCACUUAGAGUACCGCGACGGCCCGGGAGCUCACGCAUGGGCACAAGCUGCAAGCACUUGAGCGUGUUUUGUUUUGAGUCUGUUAAGCCGAUUGUGUAACCAAUACUGCACAGUGAUCACAUGAGGAGGAAGUGGAAUUGUUGUUUUUUUGUUUGUUUGUUGUUUUUUUUGUCCGCGCUGCUCAAGGUGAUGAAGAUUGGUUUAAUUUUUGUCCCCGUUCGGGUCCUCCUGAGGUUUGUCCAGCAGUGAUGGACUUUUAUGCAAGAAGAAAAAUGGCUGCUCAACGAGCAGUUGUAAGUUAUCCGGCACUGUUUUUUUAUUUUUGUCCUUUUUAAUGCAGUAUUGUAUAAACAAGUAUCCAACACACAUCUCAGCACCAGCACACACACCACAGUUAAUCCCCCUUCUUAUUAUUCAUCUACCGUCAGGAUGUUUAUGUAUGUCGCUCAAAGCUGAAUUUGAAAAACACUGAGAAGUGUGUAGCACUUAACGGAAACCGGGCCAGGUUUACACCUGGUCAUUUCAUGCUUUAAAAAAAAAUUGGCGGAUCAGGAUCGUACCCGGAUCAGGAUUAUUUACUUAAGGUGUGAACGCAUCUCAAAACGGAUUCAAAUCUGAUUUCUCACGAGGCAGUGCUAACAUUCAGUAAAUAUUGACCAGUUUUUUUUUUGAAGGCUAAAGGAGACACUCCUGAAAAUAAACGUUCCUCUCCAGCGUGUCUAAAAAAACAGAACGUGCAAAUUUUAGUUAACACGCUCCAGGUCGAAACGUUCCCGCAAUGUUUCUUCAGUGCACUUGGAAGAAAAACAUUUUAGGACGUUUACAAAACAUUCUGCUGAUGCUAAAUUGUAAGCUUGAAAGCCACAUUUGGUCGUCAAAACACUACACACAACACACUUAGGAAGCAUAGUGUUGAUUUCAUUCAAGACAAUAUAAUACAGGUGAUAAUAGACAGUGUGUGAUAAAAUAGAAAAACGAUUCAGCUGCACGAGAAUCGAGUUUUUUUUCCCAGAUGUUGAUGUAACGUGGCUCACCGAUACGAUUUAAUCCAGUACAGUUUACUAAAGUUACAUUUAACACGUAUGGAUGGGACCUUUCUCUCUCGCACACUCUCUCACACAGUCGCGCAGGAAGCGAAUAUCCUUUGUCCCAUCCAUCGAUUUACGACAGCACUAUUGGUUUUUAACAGCACUAUUGGUUUUCCUUUACAAUUCGAACUGGACCACGGUUUGUAAAUCAGCUCACACACUGUUGGGCCGACUUUUCAAUUUGCCACUUUGAAGCAAUUCGAAAUGCAGCAAAAGACAUGAGGGACAGCACAGGAAGUCGAAGGUGUUUUCGUUCCAUCCGACACCAGUGAUCAGAUCUCUAAUCCAGCUAAGAUUCGGAUUAAAAGCAUACGCGCACGUGUUUAAAUCUUCUCAGGAUAUAAAACGCAUAGAAGAUCCAUGAAAUGACCAGGUGUACAGUAAAUCUAAAUGAAGAUGUGAAUAAGUCUGAUUGAAUGUUGCAUUUUCUUUUCCCAAUCCUUGUUCUCCAUUCUUGUGCUGUUUCUACAGAGUACAGAGUACUUUAAGGUGAAAGAAACUGCCAUUAUAUGUCAUGUGAAGUUUAUAGUCUAUUAAAGAAAAUGCAGAAACUCUACAA